CAAAUUGAUAACUACACUCGCUUGAACGGAUUGGUAAAUACCAACCCAAAAUGGUAAAUACCAUUUCCAUUUGGUUAUCCGCUUGAAUUUGAUUAGUGACAAUCUUGCGAGUUCUGUGACAUAUCGAAUCUUUAAUUUGUUCGAUAGCUUCCAUGCUAAUGGUUUUGUUUGGAAAGUAUUUUUCAAAAUAGAAUGAAAUUUGGUGUAAUGUGAAGCUAGCCGGAAAACGUGGCUUUCCCAUUUCAACUAUGCUUCUAUUUUAAUAAUAAAACCUUUAACUUAUUUGCAAUUUCGGUUGUGGAGCCACUUCCGAAUCUAGGUUGUACUUUCUUGUUCCAUGCCUACUUGUUGACGCGGUUGACAGAAAAGCGAAUAGGUAGACAAGAAGGAUAGUAAAAACAAAAUCCGCAAAAGGAAAGAGGAAGAGGAGACGAGCAAAGCAGUUGAAGAAAACAGUAAAGACACAAGACAGCUGAUUUUAUUUUCAAUUCUUAUUUUUGGAAAGAAGAGUUGAAACUGUGAUAAUGUGUAGAGCUACACUGUGGAUAAUAGUGUCGAUACUAUCAUACGGAUUAUGAUGAGCUAAUUUGCAACAGCUUAAAACAAAAUCUGUUACAUAAAGUUUGACGUUUCAGCUGGAUGAAAUGCCUCAACAGUUCAUCAAAGUAAAGGAAAGUACACCUACCGUUUCCAAUACAGCAUUCACAGAUACUAAAAAGGGUCAGGACUGGGACAGUUCGUCGAAUGUAUCGAACUCAACUGGUGAUAUAUGUAGAAUAUGUCAUUGUGAAGCUGAUGCUGAAAAUCCCUUGCUUUCACCAUGUUACUGUUCCGGAAGCUUAAAAUACGUCCACCAAACUUGCUUGAGACAGUGGCUUGCAGCCUCUGACACACGCUCUUGUGAACUAUGUAAAUUCAAUUUUAUCUUGCACACAAAGAUCAAACCAUUCUCAGAAUGGCGUAUCCUGGAAAUGAGCAGUGUAGAAAGACGGCGGUUACUGUGUGCCAUAUUGUUUCAUUUUGUUGCAGCAGUUUGUGUUAUUUGGUCGCUAUUUGUACUUAUAGAUAGGGCAGCUGAAGAAGUUCGGAAAGGCUUGAUUGCUUGGCCUUUUUGGACGAAACUAGUGGUUGUGUCUGUGGGCUCUACAGGUGGUGUUGUUUUUAUGUACAUUCAAUGUAGGCAGUACUUACAUCUUUUCUCUAGAUGGAAAGCACAUAACAGGUAAUUUAAUCUAAGUAUCAUGGAACAUAGUCACACAAUAUAUUGCGUAUAAAUUAAAUCGUCUUUAACAUUUUAUUUUGAAGAGUACACAGAAUGUUUAAAACUGAAAUUGAGGUGGUAUUUUCUAUUAUACAACUUUCAUCCAUACAAAUAUUCUCAAAAUUGUACACAAACAAAAUCGUGCUAAGUAUGAAAAUUUUAAUGUCCAUCCCAGUGACCACACGUACCCACCGCUGCUGGCGCCCAUGAUAAGAUGUACUGUCGGCCUAUUUUGUUUAUGAUGAUACUGCAUAAAUAUUUUCAUUUACAACUGGGCAGUGAAUUGCGCGUUAUGGAUAGAUUUUCUGCACUUAGUCACAUUUUUCGAUAAACUUUUUUUUUACAUCUUAGGAAAGAAAAAUAACCCUCUAUAUAUUGAAUUAAAUGUUGGAUACCCCCCCCCUCCGCACUUAAAUUUUUCCCAACGGCAAUGGAUGCAUAGCUUACUUAAGACAACCCUGCAUGUCUGUUUCAAUAUAGUUCUAAUACGAGCUUCAAAGUUUCAUCAGCCUCAUAGGAACAUUGUUUAUCUUUAUAGCUUGAAAGCAAUCUUAACAAUAAAUGUUUAUUACCCAGCCAUCUCGUUUUCCCAUUUUUUUCUAUCCUAUUCACA